AUGGGUCAACAACAUACCUGGCAUACCCCUACACGCUGGCAUCUAGAUAUCGACCACUACUUGAACCCAUGGCUUCCGGCACCGCCCUGGCGACAUCUGCCCCGGCUGGUCUCCCGUAUGUUCGGGUACCGCGAGCAUCCGACGUCUGUCAUGGGCAACGUGGGCGUUGCCUUUUGGGCGCUCAUCGGCAUCUUCUGCGGGGUGGCCGUCGUGGCGACUGUCUCGAUGCAUAUCCCGUCGUUUGAGGAACAUGGUGCUCCUAUUAUUGUUGCUAGUUUGGGAGCAGCGGCUGUUCUGCAGUUCUGCGCUAUCGAAUCGCCGCUCGCGCAGCCUCGUAAUGCAGUGCUAGGCCAGUUGAUCGCCUCUGUGGUCGGCGCGGGCAUGAGCAAACUCUUUGCGCUGAAUCCCUCGGCGCAGGCUCUACGGCAGUUGGGCGGUGCUUUGUCCUGCGCCAUCGCCACCGCGCUGAUGACCCUCACGCAUACUGUGCAUCCCCCCGCGGGAGCCACUGCCCUCCUGGCCGUCACGCAGUCUCCCGAGCUGGGCUGGUUCCUGAUUCCCGUCAUGAUGCUGGGGAGUACUCUGAUGCUAGCCGUCGCACUGCUUAUCAAUAAUAUCCAGCGUCGGUAUCCGUUGUACUGGUGGACGGCGCACAGUCUGCGUCGGGAACCGGCGGGUUCUUCCGACGAGGAGAAGGGAGCUGCUGCUGCUGCCAAACGGGCGGAUAGUCUGCCGAGUCAGUACGAGGAGAGUCUCACGGAUGAUCCUCCGCAUAUCAGUAUUCGGCGGGGGGAGCUGUUCGUCCCAGAGAGUAUCGUUCUCACGCACAAGGAGAGGGAGGUUCUAGAAAGGCUAAGCAGUCGUAUAUAG